GUCGUUAGGUAAACGAAAGCCGCCGUUUUGGAACACUCCCCUGUCGUUUCGUUCACGCUUCCUCGCUCACCGGAAAAUCCCACCUUCCCGGAAAUGUCCCCAACGAACAUAAAACCCUAACCUCCGACUCAGUGUUCCUCUCACUCUGCGGCAAUGGACAACUCGACUCAGGAGUCCCACCACCUCCGAUCUGACCACUCCGCCACCUAUGAGUCCCCCUACCCGCUCUAUGCCAUGGCCGUUUCCCCCUCCCGUCACCACGGUCACAACCACCGCAUCGCCGUCGGCAGCUUCAUCGAGGAGUACACCAACCGGGUCGACGUCGUCUCCUUCGACCCCGACACCCUCACCCUCAAGCCCAUCCCCUCCCUCUCCUUCGAUCACCCCUACCCUCCCACGAAGCUCAUGUUCCACCCCAAGUCCGACCUCCUCGCCUCCUCCGGCGACUUUCUCCGCCUCUGGGAGGUCCGCGAUUCCUCCGUGGAGCCCGUCUCGGUUCUCAACAACAGCAAAACCAGCGAGUUCUGCGCCCCUUUGACCUCCUUCGAUUGGAACGAGAUCGAGCCCAAGAGGAUCGGCACUUGUAGCAUUGACACCACCUGCACGGUUUGGGACAUUGAGAAGAGUUGCGUCGAGACCCAAUUGAUAGCUCAUGAUAAGGAAGUGUACGACAUUGCGUGGGGGGAAGCUCGGGUUUUCGCAUCGGUCUCUGCUGAUGGGUCGGUGAGAAUUUUCGAUUUGCGGGACAAGGAACACUCUACGAUUAUAUACGAGAGCCCACAGCCCGAUACCCCUUUGUUGAGAUUGGCCUGGAACAAGCAAGAUUUGAGAUACAUGGCCACCAUUUUGAUGGAUAGUAAUAAAGUUGUGAUCUUGGACAUACGAUCCCCUGCAAUGCCGGUGGCAGAGCUCGAGAGGCACCGGGCAAGUGUCAAUGCGAUAGCAUGGGCUCCCCAGAGCAGUAGGCAUAUCUGCUCUGCUGGGGAUGAUACGCAGGCCCUGAUUUGGGAGCUUCCCACUGUUGCCGGACCCAAUGGGAUAGACCCAAUGUCGAUGUACUCUGCUGGUUCGGAGAUUAACCAACUUCAAUGGUCUGCUGCUCAGCCUGACUGGAUUGCUGUCUCAUUCUCAAACAAAAUGCAGUUAUUGAAAGUUUGAGAUUCCUGGCCAUUAUUGAAAGGAGGUGGGCGAAAUAUUGGGUGCUAUCUAUGCUUCUGUUGAGACUUUUGAAGUUUUCUUCGACAAUGAAUUGAUGACAUAGAUGGACCUUGCAACCUUCCCUGCUGGCAAAUGGUCCCAAUGUAUAAUGCUGUAAAUGGCCUUGUUGUUGUGUCAGUGGGUCGCCGUUAACUAUCCCCUAUGUAUUAUUUGUACCUUCGAACUUCUAACAAAUUGUGGUUUUAUCAGUAUCAACCAGAUCUUACUAUUAUCCGGGGUCUAGAUCACUGUGGAUGUGGUGUGUAUGUAGAUGUUCUUCUGUUUCUUCCCAAGUGAAAUUUUGCGGCC